AAUUUUGGUAAAAAAAAUAGUUAAAAGACAAUUUUAUUAUGGUCAGAGGUCUUUUUUUAUAUAGCUUAAACAUUCUCUUGCUUCUAAAUUAAUCUACUAGGACUUAUUUUUCACCAUAAAACAAGAUUGUGUGACGUAAUCAGGUUCAUAGGUCAUGACGUGCAGCGCAGCGGAGCGCUGAGGUAGCGCCAAUUGCAUUGGCAUCGCAUUGAUAACGCCGCUGUCGAUAUUUUUGUUCGUGAAUUACUUCAGUCCCGCUGCUAUCUUUCUGUAUUGCAUGAUGUUCGAAACAUAAAUAUUGGUUUGAUUCCAAAAUGGAUACAAGUCUUGAUACAGAAGCCCCCGUCCCAAGGAAAAAAAAGACAUACAAGAAGAAAAAUGACCCUGAUAGAAAUGGGUCAGAUGUGAGGCGAUCCAGCAGGACCCGUGCUGGACGGAACGCCCGCGAUCCUGUGUCAGAUUCAGAACAAUGGAACGGGAAACAGAAAUGCAUUCGGUGGAACACACUGGAGAAGCAGCUUCUACUGAGAGCACUCAAGGAGAAAACAGCCAUCGCCCAAUUUAAUUACCUUGCCAUAAAGAGACAUGUGAAGACCAAGAAGAAAAGUGAUGUGGAGAUUUACCUCAAGAAUCUCAGAAAAAAGGCCAUGAAGACCAAAAUUGAAUCAAUGAAGUUAAAGUCCCCUAUUGAGAUAUGGAAUAAUUUGAUGACUCAUUUUGGGGAUCAAGACAGGGAAGCGUGGAAGGCAAUGAGUAAGGUGAUGAUCAUGGCAUCGGUAGAACGAACCGUGAACUCCGAGGAGAUCAAAUGUGAUGAAUUUAAACCUUGCCGUAUCUACCGAUACUUGUCAGACCUGUUCAAAUCAAAGCAUCCUACAAAACUGACCCCUUUAGAAUCCCAAGUCAUUCUGGAUUGCUUUGAAAACAUGUUGGAGGUUCUUAAAGAAAGUGAGAUCAGAGACAAAGCUGCUUUCCUCCGCCCCCAGUAUUUCAAUCUCUUCAAUAAGGCUUUCACAGGUGGUACGGACUACAGCAAUGAGGAUAGCCUAAGCCUGGUCUAUGCUAACAUGGCUUCCUCUCAGCGAGGAACAAAAGACCCAGGACCAAGUAGAGUUGAACCAGGUACCGAGGAGGCAGUUCCUACAACUGAUCAAGCCACAGGCCUUUCAAACCCUGGGACUAGCAGAACAGAAGCAGGAACCAGUGAGCCAGGUAUUGAACCUGAUCCAGCGACAAGUAGCACAGAACGCACAUCUCAUGUUGGUAAACAGGAUGAUAUCAGUCAAAGGAACAAGGCCUCAUGGCGAGGCGGAAAGGACAGAUCAACUGAAGUAAGGAUCUUGAAUCCGCUAGGUAUACCUGUGGAGAUGCUGGAGUUUAAAUCGAGAGACGAUGAGAGGUAUGGCAACAAACGCUGGACCUACCUGUCUGAGAACGAUUCCUCAGACAGUGGGGAUAGUUCUGGAGAUGACUAUGAUGGAGAGGAUGUGGACAGAAUAAGGAAACAAGAGAAGUGGAAAAGCGGUAGGCCCGGUACGACUGGCACUGGUGAGGCUGAUGCAGAGAACUCUGCAGGUGUAGGUGCAGGAGAACUCAACGGCAUCCAGGAGAUGACUGAUCUAGUCGACGCAGAUCAGUAUGCCUUUGUUACAGAAGAGGAUUUCGCCAAAAAGGAGGAGGUCUAUCUCCAAGCUCUGAAAGAGGUUCAUGCAGAUUCUGAUGAUCGUCUCGGCGGUGACCAAGCUAUUGACUCUGAUCAGUAUGUCUUUGUGUCAAAGUAUGAUCUUGCCAUACAGGAGGAGAAUUCAGACAAGAGUUUGGAUGAGACAAGAAGAGAAGAGCAUAGUGAAUUCGUGCAGACUAUAGAACAACAAGAUGAGAUUCUCUCUACAGCCAACAAGGCUGAUGGAGGUUUUGAGAUAAACCCCACAAGUGCAGAGCUUUCUUGUGCUCCAUCAGGUGAUGGACAACUUGAAGAGGAUCGAAAUGAGAAUGGCAGCAAGAAUGUGACUGAAGGACCUGACAUUGACCAAAUAGAGGAUAUUGAUCACAUUGGUCAGUCAGUUUUGAUGGAUGAUUUAGGUUCCGACAAUGAUUCAAACCAUUCAGAAGAUGAUGAAUUUGAUACAAGUUUAUUCGAUGGUGAAGCCCAUGGCCUGAAUGGUUCAGGACCCACAGAAGUUGGUGGCUCAACAAAUUUUACACCAUCAAAACUUGGGGCUUCACCAUCACAGAGGACUAAAAGAAAUUAUUUGCUUCAGCCAGUCUCCAGUCUUCAGGUUAAAAGGGAAACAGUGUCACCAUUACCUGCUGGAAACAACCAGUCUUCAGUGGCUGUUGAUAAAAACAGGCAGGGAGAAUUAAGAUCAAAUUGUCAGGAAAAUUUUGACAUAUUGACUGCAGUAUCUUUAGUAAGUAACAAAUCUCUAGUAUCACAUCCUUCUCAAGAAAAAGUUAAUGGAAGAGUGCCCAAGCAUCAAGUAGAAUCUGUUGCAUCCUCCUCAAGGAGGAUGGAUGAUGAUACCAUUCUUCCAGCGGGUUCAGAUGCUCCAGGAAUAGAGAAGUCUAAACCUGUCCAGUUCGAUCAUGACGAGGAGAAUCCAGAAAUCGCGCGCUCUUUUCAAGAGUCACCCGAUCAUUCAACACCGAACACCAUUCCUCUUGCGAAAGCCUUCAGCAAAGGAAUGGUGAGCAAUCAAAAGUCGGAUGACCAGCUGUUGACCAUUGACGUCUCCCAGCUUGGGCCGGACUCCAACAUUGUGAUCCCCUCGUACCUGCUUCCAGGAGGGAUACUCACCAUCCGAUCGCCAGAAGUUCCCUUCAUGAGAAUCCAGAGAUCAGAUCCCUCACCCUUGGUCCAGAUAGGAACUGAUGCUGCAGAUGCAAACAUUGCCUUGGAUACAGGUGACCAAGCACAAUCAGAUGUGUCUCCUUUAGAUCCGUCAGCAGAGGACAAUGUUCAAGAGGAUAGUGGUCCAGGGAGUGAUUUGGAUUCUCCUAGUGAGGAUGACAUGUCUCAAACAGAAUAUGUAAUAGCUUCGGACAAACCAUCAAAAGAGAGCGAGAAUCUUUGUGAGGUACAUGUCAUUGCCAAUCACUUUGUAAAAUCUCAAGAUCAAGGUGAAGUGCCACAAGAGAUUUCCUCCAAGAUGCAGGAUGUGACUGUGAAACAAGAAACGUCUCAGAACCAACCAAUGAUUUCCAAGAAAUCUGGAACUUACACUCGUCUUGCAGGAGCACAAGCUGAAGGUGGAUCAGACGUGGAAGAACAAUCAUUCCUUGAUUUUCUCAGCUCUCAGAAGUCCAUGUUUGAUGGGAGAAUGGAGUCGACACCAAGAUCUCAUCCCUUGCAGGAUAAGGGUGUUGAAAAUCUUGAGGAAGGAGAGCCAGAUAUGCAUGUUCAAGCAGCACCAAAUGUAAACAUUCCUAUGAACAAGGCUUGGAAAUCUAAUAAACUUUUGAAGACUUCCCAGCAUGCAUCAUCAGACAUUUUAUGUGACAUGAAGCACAAAGGUCCUUCUGAAAGUGAAACAAAAUUGACUGUCCCAGGAAAACCUGUAAAUACUGCAGCUGAUGUUGGACAAGGCGGUACCAGCAGUGAUUUGCAUUCAGGGCAGAAACGGAAGAGAGGACGUCCACCAAAGCCUAGGCCACCUGUAAUUGAAAAGUCAACCUUGGCAUCUAAGUUGCAAGAAGAUCAUACAAAAGUGAGUCCAGGAGCCAAGAGAAAAAGAGGUCGUCCUCGUAAGAGUGAUACAGGAGUUCCAAGUGGUGUACUAGACAUAGAAAAUGGCGAGGAAAAAGAUGUUAAUCUAUCGGCUGUAGACUCUGACACAGAAAGAGAAGGGAAAAGAAAGAGUGGAAGGCCACAGAAAUUACCCAUGUCAGAUAUUGCACUCAACCAGUCAACAGAGAAGGAUAGAAAUUAUCUGUGGGGGGAAAACUCUGAUUCUGAAAGCAAAGGGAAAAUAAAAGGUGUACAACCUCACACAAAAGCACUGGCUAACUCUUCUGAUUGGCAAGUCACACAACUGUUGGUAGAGGAUGAUAUUUACACUGGUUGGAGGGAAAUCGGUUCUCAGACAGAGACGACAGAAAAGCGAAAGAGAGGAAGAUCAGCCAGUGAAAUGCAAGAAUCUACUUCUGAAGAGGAGAAAAGCAGUCCCAGUCUAGUCAUGACUCCUUACAUUAAUCAAACUAAAUAUGCCUUCGAAAGUGAGUCUGGUACUAAUACCAAAGAGAAGAGAAAGAGAGGAAGACCUCGCAAAUAUUCGCUGUUAUCUUCUUUUGAAAAUUUGCAAGAGAGUCCAGUCAUGCCAGUGAACAGAGAGGAAACCCCAAUGCAACUGGAAACUGGGUCUAGGACAAAGAAUGAAGAGAAGAAAAAGAGAGGGAGACCUCGCAAAGACCCGCUAUCAUCUGCUGGAAAUUUGCCAGAGAGACUAGUCUUGCCAGUGAACAGUGAGACAAUUCACAAGCAAUUUGAGACCAAUUCUGAUACAGUUAACAUAGAGAAGAGAAAGAGAGGUAGACCCCGCAAGGAUUUGUUAUCGUCCAUGAAGGAUUUGCAAGACACUCCAGUCCGUCCAUCGCAUACAGGAAAUGAGAUCGGACAAACAGGAUUGGGAAUUUCCUUAUCGGCAAAGAAAGCAGAGACAAGGAAAGGAGUGAGAUUGGUGACUAUCAAAACUGAGGAAUCUAGGGAAUCACGUGAUGAUCUGCUUGGUUGGAUUAAUGCUUCUCAGUCAACAGGCACCGAGGCACUCAAUGAACAAUCUGACAUUGUGAUUAGUUCUGAGAGUGAAGAGUUCAGUAAUGCGGGACAACCUUCAAAAGAAUUUAGUCCUUACCAGUCAAAUAAAUCUAAUCCAUGUUUGGAAAACAGAGAAAAGCAAAAGCUAGGGACAAACAGUGAAGCCAAGGUGCUCAGGACUGAUUCAUUAUCCAGUGUCUUUGACAGUUCAUCAAAAGCUGAAAGUGUAGACGUUGAGAAAAGAGGGUCGGAUAGGUUAACAGUACUGAGAGGGAGCCCUUUGAACGGUGAGAGUAAAGAGAAAUCAGGAACAUGUGUCCAAGAUGCUGAUGUAAGUGUAGAGGUAGAGAAACGGAAAAGGGGAAGGCCUCGCAAAUCACCAGGUAAAAAUUAUCUAGUCAGUUCGCCAAAGACAGUUGCUGCUCCUGCACCAGUUGAGGUCAAGCAGAAGUGUGAUAAUGUAUCAACUGCAAUUCCUAGUCACACAUUGGAAGGUGCAAAACGUGUUAACCCCAUUGAGACUAAAGGAACAUCUAGCCAAGGGUCAAUUCUUGACCAGGCAAGUGCCAGUCUUGCAAGCGAUGUGGUCGGAGGUUUAAUGAUGAAAAAAGUACACAGACCCACCAAGGAAAUGACAUCAAAUCCCAGCAAGGAGCUGUCAUACCCACUCUGGACACAAUCAGGAAAGGUGGUCUGUGUUUACAAUGUAGGAGAUUCCAAAACAAUCAUGGGAACAGUGCAGUUAGAGAACCCAAAUAAAGCGAGUCAUUGCCGAAAGAUACUUCCAGCUCCCCCUAAAUCAGGUGAGGGGAACAGCAAUCCGACCCCUUUUCAGCCCCCAAAUCAUCAAGGUCAGAUUAAAACAACACAAAGUCAUCUUCAAGAGGCAGGUGAACAAGGGACAAGAGACCAUCUAAAGAGAUCAAAACCAGGGUCUACUUAUGCAGGAGGUGCCAAAGACACUACUAACAAAGCAGGAAAGAAGGCUGCCAAUAUUUCCAUAAAAUCUGAAAUUGUAACACAAGAAAGUAGUUCUUGUAAGCCAGAACAAACCGAUGCCAACAUAGGAAUAAUAAAAGGGCUUGAGAAACGAAAGAGAGGAAGACCUCCCAAAUCAUCAAACACCCUGCUGCAAGACAAAAAAGCAAGUUACACGCAACUUAUCAAUGAGACAUUAUCCAAAGGUUCUGCAACCGACCCACAUCAUAUAUUGGACAUACAACAAUCAAAAAGUGCUGAGGCAAGUGGCGCUGAUGGUGACUCUGGACAAAGUAUACCAGAAAGGAGGGGCAGUCCUCAGAAGAGAUCAAGGUUUGAAAGUCCUCUUAAAGAGACAUCUCAAACAAACGCCCUUCAGACAACUGACGCAGGCACAAAAAAUGUCAAUCAAAAGCUGUCUGGAGUGCGUAAGCAAGUGUCGCUUGAUAGGUACCUAUCAGCACAGGAAUCUGGAGCAUCCAAAAUACAGGGGAAAGCAACCAAAGGUAUCCUCAAGAAGCGAAAGAAACAGAGCCCUCUGAAGGUGAACGUUGGAAAGGAAUUAGCCAAGAAAAGACAGAAAGGCUUUGAAAGCACAAGACUGUCCGAGGCAAGUCCUGUCAAGAAGAGAUUGUCACCACGCAAGAAACCUGUCACCAAUACAUUCCCUGAGAGUCAUUCACCAUUUGGUAAGCCAAAGAAGCGAGUUAGCUUUGAAGAUGCCAUCGACCUGGUGAACACCCUUGGUGAGCGGGGAGUUGUGGAGAACGACCUGUUUCAUACAGAUAUAGUCCACCAUACAGCCAUGAAGGAAGUCAUGAAGAUUGUCAAAUCAGUCGGGGUAAAGAGGGACAUUGUUGCUGAACCUGAAACUUCAAAGAAAUCAAUUUUCUUCUCUAUCAAGAAAUCUUGAGCUUGUGUCCUGUGUGAGGAAUGGGAAUCUGUUCAGCCAUCGUGUCGUGUUUUUUAAUACCAACAUUAAUCCCAUAUGACUUUAAUAGCCAGAGAAAAAAAAUAAUGGAGUCCAUUGCUGAUUUGAGGUACCCACUAUAGAUAUAUUUGGGUUAGGUGCUGUUUUUAUGGUAAUUUCUAAAAGCAUGGGGAUGUUCAAGUUCAUUAUUCUAAAAGUUUGUAUAUCUGAAUAGAAAAUGGGGUUGGUGAUGCUAAUUGUUUGUUGAUUCAGCAAUAAAACAAGGUUGGUUAUUCCAAAUGUUCAUUAGUCAAAAAUGAAAAAAAGGUUUGUUUUUCCAAAGGCUUGAUAAUUCAAAUAUGAAAUAAGGUUUACAACUACAAAAACCACUACCAACCUUGGGAAUAAUGAAUCUUUUCUAAUUUUUGUACCAAUUAACCUUCAGAAUAACGAACAUUAAACCUUCAAAAUAAUGAAGCUUUAGACAAGUGAACUUUUAGAAUAUCGAACCUUCAGCAAAACGAAUAACGAACUGUAUCCUAAAGGUUGAUGUACAUUUUGCAAACAUUUCUUUUCAAAAUGAUCUAUUUUUCUUGAAACUCAAAAUUAUUACAACCAUUUUCAAACAUCACUGUUCUAAAGGUUUUUUAAAGAUGUGGAUCUUUUUCUUAAGGGCAAGUCCACCCCAGCAAGAAGAUGUUUGAACAAAAAAAAAAUUCAAGCAAGCAUAACACUGAAAGUUUAACUAAAAUUCAAUGUAAAAUAAAAAAAGUUAUGAGAUGUUAAAAUGCCGCGCAAUUUCACAAUUAUUCUUGGUAGUAACAUCCUGGGCGGUAUGCAAAUGAAGGAAACGAUAUCAACCAAUCACUUUUUCUUUUGUAUUCUAUUAAAUGAAUUGCUUUAGUUUUUCCUCAAGAUGUUAAAAUGAGGUUUGAUUUCUCCCUAAACAUAUGAAAUAAUCAUUGUUGCUACUUAUUAUUAUUUGAUGAAGAGCUCUCUUGUCAAAUUUUCAAAUAUUUAUCAAAUAUUCUCUUUGUCAUGUGAUAAAAUACAAAAGAAAAAGUGAUUUCAUCAACUCUCAUUUGCAUAUCACCUUUGUGAAAAAACUAUUUUGUGAAAAUAUGCAAACUACCAAAUGUCAUUACUUCCUUAUUUUAUAUCUGAGUUUAAUGAAAUUUUUACCAUUAUGCUUUAUAAUUUUUUUUUUACUUGUUCAUAGUUUUUUGGUUUGGAAGAACUCAACUUUAAAUUUCUUGAAAGACGUUUUCAAUUUUUUUUUUUCAUUUUGAACUAUAUACAUGUAUGUAAAUUCUGUUUAUAUUCCACAUUUUAUUUUAUUGCUACAUACUAUACAUAUGUAAAUGUUAAACUUUUUUUAAAAUUAAAUUCAUAUCAAGAUUAUCUGAUAAGAAUUCUAUUUUUUCAUAUUUAAACACAUUUAAUGAAGCAUUUGUCAUGAAGAAGGGGGGCGGGGUGCUUCACAAAGAGAUAUGAAGUUUAUUAAGUCAUUCUUCACAAAAGUCAUGCUUCACAAAGAGAUAUGAAGUUUAUUAAAAGUCAUGCGUAAGUGCUGAUGUGCACAGCAUUGUUUCACACACAAUCUUAUCAAUGGUAUAUUCGUCGUAGAGGUGUUGUGGCUCAGUGGAUAUGUCUACGGACUUUGAACCACAAGGUCCGGGGUUCAAAUCCCACUGCAGCACUCGCAUCCUUUAGCAAGGCAUUUAUCUACAUUUGCCACUCUCCACCCAGGUGUAGUAAAUGGAAGGAAUUCCUUGUAUGCUCGAGCGUCUGAUCAGGGUAGCCGCGCUAAAGCAGGGGUAAUAGUAUGCAGCGCUUAGAAACAUUUGUUAUAAAGCACUAUAUAAAUGUUGCAUAUUAUUAUUGUUUGGUAGCACAUGUCCUGUAGACAUGAAGCGACCGAUUGUGUUGAGCAUUAUAUACCACACACAAUGCAACAUUUAAUUUUAAUUAAGUGUGAUUUCUGGGCAGAGUUGAACACAAUACCCUCCUGAUUAAUAAAGAAAUUAAGUCUGUAUUUCAUGUUUGCCAUGAUUGUGGAAAAAUCCACAUCUCUGCCAAAUAACAGUAUUAAAGAUUUUUAAUUUUCAGGGUUCAUAAGGAGUGGGAUUAUUACUUCAUUACUUUAGAAACAUAACUAGAUGUUUAGUGAAAGUUUUAUUUCAAAUAAAUGGAUCCUGAUUUCAGGUUAAAUGUGGAUUAUUGUAGUGCCAAAGCCUUUUUAUAUAGCAUUAUUUUCGUGUAGUGCACCUUGGUUAAAGGAUUGUUCUCAUGUUCAUUUUGUACUCUGUAUGUGAAUUAUGUGUAUAUUAAUAUUCUCACUUAAUUUUAUUCCUAUAGAAUGUACAAAUGUAUAUAUUUAAUUUUUGUUCCCAUGUAUUUUUGCAUUAUUUCAAGAUGCAUUUCUGAUAAUGAUGUCGUGACUUACACAAACUGCAUGCAUACAUCAUCGAUACAAUCAUUGAAUGAAUUAUUUCAGUUGUGAAGGAUAGGUGUACAUGUAUAUAAGCAAUCAUAAUAUUUGAGAUUUUGUUGUGUAAUAAAUAGUUUCAGUGGUUGGGGUUAUUUCAGAAAACUGUUGUAAUGCAUGCUUUUACAAAUCGUUAUGGGAACAAGGAAAGCGAGGUCGAUUUCUCAGUCGUGAUUUAAGCACUGCAGGCAUUUCUUUUGAUGAUGCUAAUACCUACCUUGUAAGUGCAACGUUCAGCAUUUUUCACAUUUUAAAUGAAGUAAUUAGAAUACAAUUUACUUUCUUUUAAAGGGGUACUCCUGGCUGAAAAUAAUAUGAUUUGAACGGAUAAAGAAAAAUCAGACAAACAAAACACUGAAAAUUUGAUCAAUAUCGGACAAGGAAUAACAAAGUUAUGGCAUUUAAAGAUUUGCAUUAUUCCCGGAAAACAGUUCUGGGCAUGUCUUCAUGAAUAUUCAAUGGGCAAAGUGAUGAUGUCAUAUCCCCACUGGUUCUUUUGUAUUUCAUUAUAUGAAAUUAGGUUUAUUCAAAAAUUUUCCUCCAAGAAGCAAAAAUAUUGGAAUAACAAGUGAUUAAAGUGCAUAAGAUAUUCAUUGCUGCAACUUAUUUCAUUAUAAGGGAGACAUAUCAUUUACACAUGUAUUAAAUAUUGCAACAAUUAUGACUUCAUGUAAUAACAUAAGAAAAAGGAAAGUGAGGAUGUGACAUCAUCAGCUGUUAUCAGAUUUUGAUAAAAUGUUCAGCAUUUUGCUUUGUGAAUUUUACUCCAUUUAUUUAGAUAUGAAUAUUUUCAGCCUGGAGCAUCCCUUUAAGUCAAAGCUUUUGGGACCUCAGAGAUAUGUUUGACUCGGUUUGUAACUCUUUCAAGGCACAUCAAUGAGUGCCGUGUCAGCGACCAUGCAUCAUUCAGCUGUGUUGAUGUUCAUGUCAUGGCCGCUGUACCUUGACACUGGACAGACUGAGUCAGUUCACUCGUUAUGUGUGACCACAAGUACAUGUCGGUCAUGUAUUAAUACGUCAACUUUUUGUGAUUUCUGAUAAUCCAGGAAUCUUGAAUUUUUCGUACUAUUGGAUUGUUUACCCUGGCAAAUAAUCGAAUGGCAAGAAGGAUAUUUGUCCCAGGCCUCUGUCCAAUGACAAUUGCUUCGAUGGAAAAUCUGCAUGUUAAACCAAACAUAAAACCCAACCUGCAAAACUAUAUAAACCCUAAUCCUUUACAUUAUUCUGAACCAAAAACUAUAUUACAAUCCUCAGUCUAACCCUAUGCCCUCUGAGAUAUUACGCCCGGGAGCAAAUGUCGCAGGAGCAAAUGUCUUGUCACCUCCUAGUUAGCUUACAUAUUAGACCUUACAUUGUAAUAAGUCCAUAAACAAUUAUUUUAACAUAAAGCUGCUUCACCUGUUUGUAAGCAACGCGUGACUUCAUAUAUAUAGUGACCAGAAAGGGCUUCCUUUAAAUGCAACUCCAACAAAUCAUGCGCUUUUCCUAAAUACGGCCUGUGAUUGGUUGAAAAUUAAGUUAUGUUUGAUUUUUGAAGUUGCAAUUAAUUGCAACUUUUUUUGUGUAACAGGCCCCUGUUCUUAGGGUGCUCUAUUUCAAUUCUCAACGAUUCAAUUCCCUUCAGCUGAGUUGGCAUCCAAUCAUUUCAGAGUGAAGUUUUUGUUUUAUCAAGCAUCAGGAGAGAGUUGAGCAUUGGUCAUCUGAUAAGUUGUCAGAUAUGUCAAAUUCCUUUGAUAUUGAUCAGCUGAGAAGCAUAGUUAAUCCUAUUGUAUCUGUUGGAUAAAACAUACUCUAUCAUCUGACCCAUCCUUUCGUUAAACGCUCCCAUGAAUGCAAAGUUUAUCAUUUGCAGGCCUACCAACUGCUCCUUUUUAAAAGGAGGUACACUCCUUUUUUUGAAAUUUUUUAUAUAUAUUAUGUCAUGUAGGGAAAGAAAACUCCUUUUUUUGUCCAGAUAUUAUGUUCAGUCAUCUAUGGGAAAUAUGCUGUGACUCCUAUUUAUUAAAUGAAUCACUCCUAUUUUGUAUGUUUACAGGUUGGUAGGCCUGCAUUUGUCAGAGUUUGAUAAGGGUGUAUAAUUCAUAGAAAAUUCAGUCGCAGCUGGUGUUGUCAUGCAUGAAAUUAAGCACAUUAUUAUGAAAUAUCUUCCCCGUUCCCAGUGUUACGCAUACUGUAUAUGUACGAUAUGAGAUCUCAUAUGUGUUAUGUUAUGCCAUGUGCUAUUUUACGUAUACUCGAAUAUCAUUUUCAAGCAUC